AUGGAUCACAGUGAGAAGGUGAUUAGGAAAGUCCAUCCCAGAGAAAAGGCGAAUAUUUUCUCAUUAUUCACAUUCAUAUACACAAGGAAACUAUUCAAAGCGGGAUUCAGAAAGGAUCUGGAGGAUGACGAUUUAUACGAGGUGAUCAAACAAUGCCAGUCCAAGAAAUGCGCGGACAAACUCGAGUCCGCUUUCAAAGCCGAAGGCAAUAAGAAUUCCAAUACUUCGGUGUUCAGAGUGAUAUGGAAUUGUUAUGGCAUCAGAUAUUUGAUCUUGGGGCUCUGUAAUUUGUCUUGGAAACUGAUUCAUAGUUUGUUGGAACCCAACGCAGUUUCUAAACUGGUGGGAUACUUCAAGCCCGGACAAACGCAAAUGACUUUAUACGACGCCCUGUAUUAUGCCGGCAUCAUGGUCGGUCUCAAAGCUAUGCACGGUUUCUACUACCAUAACUACAGAGUGUACCUGAAUCAACUGGCCAUACAGAUACGCACAUCCUUUUGUUCGCUUAUAUACAGGAAGACACUCAAAUUGAGUCCCAAAGCUUUGGGUGAAACGAAUUUGGGUAACAUCGUAACAGUCAUCACGAAGGAUGUUCUUCAAUUCGAACACUCUAUUUGGUUAUUCAACGAUUUAUGGACGGCCGUGGUGCAAUUGAUAGUCAUUUGUUAUUUUAUCUAUGACAGAAUUGGACCUGCCAGUAUAGUGGGAAUACUUUUAUUGAUUGCUCUUUUGCCAGCCCAAAUGUUCUUGUCAAAGGCCAUCAAGAAGCUCAGGUCAAAACUCAACAAAAGGACUGACGAUCGUAUACAGAACACGCGAGAAGUUCUUUCAUCUAUCAGAAUAAUAAAGAUGUACACUUGGGAAAAGAUAUUUACUGAUAAGAUCAACGGUUCUAGAGAGAAAGAAAUGAGCACGAUGUUGAAAAACAACAUCAUGAAAAUGCUGAUGAUGACGUUGAGCCACGUGAUGUCGAAGUUCUCCUUCUACGCUCUGAUCAUGGUCUACAUCUGGAUGAACAACAACGAAAUCAGCGCUGAGGAUAUUUUUUACGUGAUGAGAAUCUUCGGCCAACUCAGGAUGAUCGUUUCUUUUACAUUCUCAAUGGGUUUUGCGAGGAUUGCGGAGCUCGUUGCCUCUUUGGAAAGGAUACAGAACAUCCUGAACUUGGAUGACCUUGCCGAGGAUGAUGCAGACAAACCUGAUGAUGAGCCGCAAAUCGACAUGCGAAACGUCUCGGUGGAAAUGAGAAACACCGAAAUCCUCAAAAACAUCCAACUGAAGAUGGAAGUCGGUCUCAACGUAGUCACCGGCCAUUUGGGGUGCGGCAAGAGUUCCCUCAUCAAGGCCAUCCUCAAGAGCUACCCUGUUAGUGGGGGAGAGUUGCGCACGAGGGGUAGGAAGAGUUAUGCGUCGCAGGACUCUUGGCUGUUUCCCUCUUCGAUCAAGCAGAACAUUUUGUUCGGAGAAAAAUACGAGUAUGAGAGAUACAAAAAAGUGGUGGAAGUAUGCGCCUUGGAAUACGACUUCGCCAUCUUGGAACGAGGCGACGAAACGAUCCUCACCGACGGCGGCACCAAUCUGAGCAAGGGCCAACAGGCGCGCGUCAACUUAGCCAGGGCCAUCUACCGCGACAGCGACAUCUAUCUGAUAGACGACGCACUAACCGCGUUGGAUCCGCGCGUCCAAGACCAGAUAUUCGACGAGUGCAUCAGAGGGUUCCUCAAGAAGAAGUUGGUGGUGCUGGUGACGCACAAUGCGAAGCAUAUCGAAAAUGCCGAUAUGCUCGUUGUCAUGGCGAACGGUGCUAUCAAGAUCGCAGCCAAACAGAAUGAGCUACCCAAAGAGCUCCUCGAAGAGAUCGAGCAAGAAGAAGAAAUAGUGGCCACCCUGAUGCAGGAAAAACUCAAAGAAGCGGAAGCGGAAAAACAACUCGCCGAAGAAGACGUCGUCGACGAGAAAGCCGAACUGAUAGUGGCGCCAGGAAAACCGAGAAGAAGACAGGUCUAUCACGAGGAGAAGAAGACAGGCGCCGUCGAUUCGAAGUUGUACUAUAAGUAUGUGCAGUUCGGAGGAGGGCUGUGGUUCCUGCUGGUCAUCGUGCUGUUUUAUGGUACUUCUACGUUCAGCGAUUCGUCGUCAAAUAAAAUGUUAACGAAUUGGGUGAACCACCAAACGAACCUGACCAGCUCCAUGGAGAAAUAUUUCGGCAACACGUCCAUCGACCUCGACCAAUUGGAGUCUGGCCUCGUCAACAUGACAGUUGACCCGCAGUUCAACUUGACAGUUGACGCGCCGUUCAACUCGACGAUCAACCAAACAUUGGAACGGAUCGCCGGUUUGCAAAGAUUGGAAGUUCAAGCUGCCAAAUCUCUCAAUCUCUAUUCGGUUUUGUUGAUUUCUUCGUCGAUCCUGGAGAUCAUCAAGUUCCUGCUGUUGACGAAGUUCAUAGUGAACGCGUCGUUCUACCUGCACAAGACCAUGAUAAAGUCUGUUGUCCAGUCAGUGAUGGCGUUUUUCGACAACUUUUUCGUUGGCAAUAUCCUGAACAGGUUCUCCCAGGACUUGUACGUGGUGGACGAAGUUUUGCCUCAUGUAGUGAGCAUGCUUAUCGGGACUGGUUUCAUGCUUGCCGGAACAGUAGGUUUGAUUGCGAGCGUUAAUUGGAAGUUUCUGGUGCCGUCCUUAGUGCUUCUUAUUUCACUAGUGGCGAUGCGUUACAUCUACAUUCCCACAUCGAGAAGUCUCAAAAGACUCGAGGCUGCAACUCGAAGUCCUAUCAUUGGUCACCUGAACUCAACACUGGAAGGAUUAACGACAAUUCGAGCGUACCGAGCCGAAGAAAUCCUCAAAUUUGAGUUCGACAAACAUCAAGAUUUAUACACGAGCGCCUAUUUCACGUCGGUUUGUGCUGUCGGCGCUUUCUCUCUGUACAUGGACGUCUUCUCUGCCAUCUAUGAAGCCUUCAUCAUCGGACGAUUUUUAUUCUUCGAUACCGGUACGGCCGCAGGAGACGUCGGCCUCACCCUCACCCAAGCCGGCAUGUUGGCGGGGGUGAUGCAAAUGGGCCUGUCGGAAUGGGCGCACGCGGAGAACCUGAUGACCUCGGUGGAGAGGGCGCUGGAGUACACCAACACGGAAACGGAAAAGUCCGGGGGAGCGGAGCCGGAAAAUUGGCCGAUGAGAGGCGAGAUCAAGUAUAAGCAUGUGUCGUUGACGUACACGAAUUCGCACGAGAAAGUGUUGACGAAUAUUGAUUUCCACGUGAGGCCGAGAGAAAAAAUUGGAAUAGUCGGUAGGACUGGAGCAGGCAAAUCGUCCAUAAUAUCGACGCUCUUCAGAUUGUACGACUUUGAGGGUGACGUCACCAUCGAUGACGUCCCAACGAAAUCUUUGGACCUCCAAUACCUAAGAAGGCACAUUUCGAUCAUCCCCCAAGAUCCCAUCAUGUUUUCGGGGACCAUCAGGACCAACGUGGAUCCUUCGAACGAGUUCACAGACGAAGAAAUCUGGAAGACAUUGCAUAAGGUCCAACUCGACUCCAUAACCCCCAGUCUCUCGACCGACGUUUCCGAUACCGACUUCAGCACCGGUCAGCGCCAACUUCUCUGCAUCGCGCGCGCCAUCAUCAGGCGCAACGCCAUCGUCGUUCUGGACGAGGCCACGGCCAACAUGGACCCCGAGACGGAGAAGUUGGCGCAGCGCACUGUCGACGCCAACUUUGCCGAUCGCACUUUGUUGGUGAUUGCGCAUCGGCUCGAGUCGGUCCUGGCCUGCGACAGGGUGAUGGUGUUGGACAGGGGCAGGAUAGUGGAGUACGAUGCGCCAGGGGAGCUGAGAAGACGGCCAGGUGGAGUUUUUGCGGAGAUGUUGAGGAAUGCCGGUUUACAAGAGACUGCGGCGGAUAAAUAA